GCGCCAAAGUGGAGGCUGAGACACAACUUGCAGUAAAAACUCGCAGACAGCUAGUCCCUCGGCGAUGCUUAUCCGACACCACGCUAGAGAUUGAUCACCGAUCACCAGGACUGAUCGCCCGCCAGCCGAUCCCGCAGUGCAGCGGAGAAACCAGACCAGCGUGCCCCCUCUCUGAGCUCCAGGAAGAAGACGCAGACAUGUCAGAGAGGAGAGAUCAGAAGAAGUCCGUCUUUCUUUCCUCAUUAUUAGUGUGUUGUAUGUUUGCUAGUGCGGAGUAUUCCAGCUGUGGAGAGUACGAAUUCUUCAACCAGACCAGUAACAGUUGCCAGGCCUGCCCUCAGUGCCAGCCAGGACAGGAGCCGCAUAUGACCUGUGGCUACGGUGUGAAGGAUGAAGACUUCGCCUGUGUGCCGUGCCAACAGGGGAAAUAUUCCAAGGGGAAGUAUGAGAUCUGCAGACGGCAUAAAGACUGUGACGCCCUCUACAAAGCCACUGUUCGUGUAGCGGGAACCUCUGACAGCGACGCAGAGUGUGGACCCUGUUUACCAGGGUAUUACAUGCUGGAAAACAGACCCAAGAACAUCUAUGGAAUGGUUUGCCACUCUUGCCAGAAUGCACCACGCAAUACCAAAGAAUGUGGGCCAACAGAAAAACCUCAAAUUAACCCUGGCAGCACUACUGUGUUCCCUAAUCCACAUAAAGAUUCCACCGGACAAGGUCACCUUGCAACUGCUCUCAUUAUCGCCAUGUCAACCAUUUUCAUCAUGGCCAUCGCCAUCGUCCUCAUCAUCAUGUUUUACAUCCUGAAGGCCAAACCGAGUGGCCAUGCUUGUUGUUCAGGGCAAGUUGUGAAGGCGGUAGAAGCUCAGACCAACAAACAGGAAGACAAGAAAGAUGUCCCUGACAAUGUGGUGAUCUACUCAGAGAAAGACGAUUUUGACAAACUAAAAGCGCCACCUCAGAAGACGGUGAAAAGUGAAAAUGACGCGUCAUCAGAGAACGAGCAGCUGUUGAGCCGUAGCAUUGACAGUGAUGAGGAGGCGACGUCUGAGAAGCAAGGGUCAGCCGAGACCAACAACCACAACCUGUGCCUUGUUAACCUGGGGAACAAACCCGACCUCUCCCUGCUCUCUCUGGGCCUCUUGGACCGCGACAGAGCCUGCAAUGGGAGCCCCAACAUUGCAGCCUGCCAGGCCAAUAACAUCCCAAGUCCCAACCCCAUCGGCAAUGUCAACCAUAUCAACAGUGUGAAUGCAAUCAACAACAACAAUAAAACCCCUGGGAUGCUACAGAGCCGAAGGAAAAAGAUCCUGGAUCUGUACACCAGAGCCUGCAAUGUGACAGAGGGCCUGAGUCCAACAGAGCUUCCCUUCGACUGUCUGGAGAAGGCCAGCCGCAUGCUGAGCUCCUCCUACAGCAGUGAGGCGGCUGUGGUGAAGACAUGGAGGCAUCUGGCUGAGAGCUUUGGGCUGAAGCGCGACGAGAUCGGUGGCAUGAGCGACGGCCUGCAGCUCUUUGAGAGAGUGAGCACGGCGGGCUAUAGCAUCCCCGACCUUCUGACCCGUCUGGUACAGAUCGAGAGGCUGGACGCUGUUGAGUCACUCUGCUCGGAUGUGCUGGGCAGUAGUGAGAUGUCGGCAGCAGCUGGACGGCAGGGCAUCAGCAGUUUUCACAGCCAGCUGGUCUGUCCACCCCAGUGCUCAUCUCCAUCCCAGCGCUGUGCUAGUGUCUAAAUACGCAGUGGCGCAGAGACUGAGGACAGCACAUAUACAGUAUACACCUUACCCCAUCACAUGAAGAAUGUCAGUGGACCUCCCUGUGCACAAUCCUUUUUUCUGAUUAUGGGUUGUCAAUAUUAAGAAUCUAGUAAUACCUUAUAUGGCCUUAAUGUUCUCUUUCUGAAGUGCUACAGAGUUUGAGAAAGACAAAAAUCAAAGACCAAAGAUUAAGAUUACUCUCUAGUAUGCUAAUUCAGAUAUUUUCUCCUCUGACAAAGACUAAACCAAACUAGUUUUCUUUUUAUUAGAUUUUUGUCUUUCUAAAAUUUUAGCAAACAAUACGUAGGUUAACUGUGCGCUGGACGUAACACUUUUUUCAAAACUUUUGAUACAACGUUUUGUAUGCUGUUUACAAAAUCCCACAAAUGGUGUGUUGAUGGAAAUGGUCACUGAGCAGCUCCUCUGCAGAAGUGUUUCUUGGCCAUCUGUCCUUCUAGUUCACAGUAUAGAACUCUCUCUUCUACUGCCCCCCUCACUCCUGUGCACGAGCGCUAACGCCACCUGAUUGGUGGAACAAUGUUGUGGGGAAAGUCUGCACCACUUUUUAUCUGUUUCAUUUACAGAGCCAUGGCUUUGUAGGAAAAUCAGAUUUUUUUCAGAGCACACAUAAAACGGAGGGCUAGCAAACUGUGACGAAAUAUUCGCUGAAUUAAUCAAAAAGUGUAUUGGAUUACAAUCACUUUUUAUCCCUUUAAGUGCCUUUCUUGUAGGAACACCAGUACAAGUGCAUUGUAAGUGGAAGGAAUUAGGAUCCCUUCUUAGCUGUCCUUUCACUGAACCUUCUUAUCAGGACCAAAAUCAUUUGGUUAAACCCGCAGCUGACAGAAUUAGAUGUUUGUUUCCAUAUAAAGAAAGUAACCUGGUUUGACUGCAGCAUCGGUUAACAUUCAUAACUGCGCCUAUGGCUGUGUUGUCAUCAUAAAGGAAAGACAGUAGAUAUGAACUUCCCUUUUUCAAAAUAAAAUCAUUAUGCCCAGCUGGAAAUGCUAAAACAUCCAUCAAAUAGGCCUUCAUCUGGUAAAAUAGUGAACUUGCAUUUGGAGAUACACUGGUGUCUUGUCAUGUCAUGUCACCAGCAUACACACAACUGUAGUCAACAUUACAGAACAGUAUUUUCAUUUUUAAAGAAUUACCUACAUACAUUAUGUUGGUAUUUUUAACUGAAUGCUUAAAACUGCCUAUGUAAAUCAAUUGACUUAAACCUAUUUAAGUCAAUUUAGGGUAGAUUCUGCAAUGUUGUUUAUUUAGUACUACUCGGCUCUAUUAAUUGAUUUCCAUAUGUGUGUUAAGAGUGGAAACAAUUGUACUUCACCAAUAGAUAAAGUUUAGUGUGUGUCUUCUGCUUAAACACACAUGUAAAUCCACUUCCCCAACAUAUUUUCUUACUGCAACUACUUCCUCAGCAGUGACCCAGUAUGUGACCCUCCACAUAAUUCUUCCUCUCCCCGCGUAUUCCCCUUUUACCCCAAUGCUGCGGUCUAGUGCUGCCGCCAACCCUAAUUAUUUGGCGUGUGGCUCCCUGGGCCCCUAAUAGGCUGAAGUGUUGUGGUUUACAGAGCGGGUGCAAAGUGCCUGUGAUUUCCAGCACCCAAUUAAGCAUUUAGGGCCACUUAACCACUGAAAGCCCAGUGGAAAAGCUGUAAAACCCUGCAUUAAAAAGAGAGAUGCCACGGCAGAGGCAUGACUAACUGCCCCUGGGGUAGCUGCACUGUGAACGAUGCAAGAAUGCAGCCGGUUGUGGUGGAAGCAGUGCUACGGUCAUCCUAUAACGUCUGACCUUACUCAGCUUUUGUGGUCGACUCAGUCAUGCUCAGACAGGAUUCAAGCUCCCCACUCCCCUAUGGGACCAAUAUGGCAAAUGAGAACAAUAUGCAGGUUGUGAGGGUUGUCCUUUUCUGAAAAGCAGCUGAAGCUGGUUAAGUGUUGUACGUACAGAGACCGAGGGUGGCUCUGAUAAGCAUCAAGUUAAACUUUGGGAAGAGCGUUACGUUAAUGCUCAUAAAAGAUACGAUACUGCCAGUCAACAUCCUGCUUUCUCUAGCAGUUAAGCUUCAAAACUUAGCAGUAAGCUCCAAAGGCCAACUUUGACAAGCAAUGCCAAGACUUGCUUUGAUCUAAUUUCUUGGGAAUGGGACUGAUCUUUAUCUCAUGUCUGAUGUUGUCAGUAUAAUGUCCCAUGACUGUUCUGCACAAAAUCAAACACAUCACUCGCUGCCAAGUUCUUUCUCUACUGCUUUUUUUUUUUUCGUUCAUUUUUUACAGUGCAAACUCUGGGGCUGGACUCCAGCACUUUAAAUUAAUUAAUGUGCAUGUUUAUCAAGCAUGUGUUCAUAUUUUUUGUUCUUUAAUGUCUCCUGUCAACGCAAAUAACAAGCUCCCAUUUGAAUAUACUGCCUUCUUAGAGCAGUGUUGUCUUCAUCAAAUCAAAUUAAAUUGAAAACAGGUUUCACUAGUUAUUUUUUAUGAUGUUUUAUGCUGUUGAACUAUUGUAAAUAAUCUAAUUUGGUGGAUUGAACUGAAAUGGACUCAAGCCCUGUUUUCAGACAGGCAAAAAACUUGUGUGACAUAUAUUACGCUGAUAGGAUGAUAUACAGAAGCCAAAAUGGAUUACUUACCUCAGUAGCACACUCAAAGAACACAGUAGAACAUGUAGAAACACACA